GGCGGCGGAGGCGGCGGCUGAGGAGGAGGAGGCGCUGGAGGACGGGCUGGGCCGCCUGCUGGACGAGUACGGCGCCCUCGACCUGGGCUUCAAGCGGCGCGAGCGACUCGACGUCAAGAAGCCCGGCCCGCCCUUCGCCACCAACAACUACGCCUUCCGCGACCGACAGGAAAGCAAUCAAGUUGGACAACAGGAGGAAAUACAGCCUUUACAGCAACCUAGUCCAGAUGGAGCGGCGCUGGCGGGCGCGACGGAGGGCCCGCUGCCGGCGGCGGCGGGGGCGGAGGCGGAGGUGGAGUCCGCGCCCGGGCCCCCCGACGAGGGCCCCCGCGAGGAGGAAGGGCCCGAGGUGGCGCCCUACGACGACGCCGAGGCGGCGGCGGCCGCGUCUGCCGCCAGCGACGACGACAUCGAGAUCCGCCCGGCCGCCGGCGUCGAGGAGCCGCGGGCGCUGCCCCAGAAGAAGGAGGUGUCCGCCGCGCUGGUCCCCGAGUCGGCUUCGCUGGUGCGCGAGCCCAACCCGGAGCCCGUGCCGCCGCCCGACCCGGCGGGCCCGCACGACAACGACCUGCCCGAGGACGAGGACGAGGAGGCGGCCGCCGCCGCCGCCCAGGCGGACGCCGUCGCCGCCGCCACCAACGACCUCGAGGGCGACCUCGACCUGGGGCCCGCCCCCGGGCCCUACGACAACGUCGACACCAGCUACGUCUACAUCAAGUUCAAGGAUCGCAGCAUCCACAACUGGCAGGACGGCACGCGCAUCGUCGCCGAAGUCGCGCGGCUGCUGGGCGUGGAGCCCGGCGCGUUCACGCACGCCAGGAUUGACAACAACGAAGUCGCCUUCAAAGUUGAGAACAACUCACGAAAACUCAACGCGUCAGACGUCAGCAACCUUAUUGACGGCAUUAAAGGCCAACUACGCGCCAAGCUGGGUGUUGAAGUGACUUCUGCGGGCAUCGGCAAUAAGACCAAGAUGCCGCCGGUGCUGGUGGCGCACGUGGACACGAACCAACUGUACGUGGCCGCGUUCCUGGUGUGCGGCGCGCUGGCGGCGGUGCUGGUGGCCGGCGCCGUGCUGUUCGUGGUGCGCCGCCACGCGCGCUCGCGUCGCAAGCUGCAGGCGCUGGGCGCGCACGACUCGGAGGCCAGCAAGGACUACCAGGACCUGUGCCGCGUGCGCAUGGCCAACAAGGCCGGUGGCGGAGGAGGAGGCGGCGGCGGAGGCGGCCCGCAGGACAAGCAACAGCCCGAGCCCGUGCACGCGGGCCAGGGCGGCCGCAUCGCGUCGCUGUCGCGCGAGUCCGAGGGCUCCAACAACAGCCCGUCCUCGCGCUCCAGCACCUCCUCCUGGAGUGAAGAACCAGCACUUACUAAUAUGGACAUUUCUACUGGGCAUAUGGUGUUGUCGUACAUGGAAGAUCACUUGAAGAACAAAGAUCGCCUUGACCAAGAAUGGGUCGCUCUGUGCGCUUAUGAAGCAGAACCUUGCGCCACCGCGAUUGCCCGAGAGCCUGAAAAUGCUCGCAAGAAUCGAAAUCCAGAGUUCUUGCCAUACGAUCAUUCAAGGGUGGUUCUCAAUGACCUUGCCAAUAUCUCAGGAUCUGACUACAUCAAUGCUUCAACUAUUACUGACCAUGAUCCAAGGAACCCUGCCUACAUAGCUACACAAGGUCCUUUGCCACAUACAGCUCCUGAUUUCUGGCAAAUGGUUUGGGAACAAGGCAGUGUAGUAAUGGUGAUGUUAACAAGACUAACAGAGGCAGGCACUGCAAUGUGUGACCGGUAUUGGCCAAAAGAAGGCUCUGAGCUCUAUCACAUAUAUGAAGUUCAUUUGGUCAGCGAACACAUCUGGUGUGAUGAUUACCUUGUGCGUUCAUUUUACUUGAAGAACCUUAAGACUGGAGAAACACGCACUGUGACACAAUUCCAUUUUGUGUCAUGGCCAGAUGCAGGUGUACCUUCUUCAACUAAAGCGCUGCUGGAAUUCCGUCGGAAAGUGAACAAAUCAUAUCGUGGCCGAUCGUGUCCCAUUGUUGUUCAUUGCAGUGAUGGAGUUGGCCGCACUGGUACUUACUGCCUGAUUGAUAUGGUUCUAAACCGAAUGGCAAAGGGAGCUAAGGAAAUUGAUAUUGCUGCCACCCUUGAACAUAUUCGUGACCAACGUCCAGCAAUGGUUCGAACCAAGCAGCAAUUUGAAUUCUGCUUAAUGGCAGUUGCUGAGGAAGUUCAUGCCAUCUUGAAAGCUCUACCAUCACAACAACAAGCUCAGGUUCAGCCCCCAGCCAUACCACCACCACCAUCAGCAGUUCAGCCACAACAGCAACAGCAGCAGCCACAACAGCAGCAACCACAACAGCAGCAACCACAACAGCAACAGCCACCACAACAACAGCAGCCACAACAACAGCAGUCACAACCGCAGCAGCCACAACAGUCAACCCAACCACAACAACAACAGCUGCAGCAACCACCACAACCACAAAAGAAACCACAGCAGUCUGAGGCUCACCAUGACAAAUCUGACACUAAGAAAGUUUCAGAGGAGACAGCUAAACAAUCUGAGGAGAAAGAAGUUGCUGAAACCAAACAGAUACCAGAAGACAAGGAGAAAGAGUCAUAAAAAUCAACAAACACGUCUGUAGUUAUCAUGUUGUAUUCCUAUCUUAUACAAAAUGUGCUUGUCUGAUUAGAUGCAUCUCUGUAAAAUCCUUCAAAUUCUUUGUAUGUCACAUCUUCCUGAAAAAAACGUCCUUCCUAACUACCUACUUACAGAUUUUAGUCAUGAGGCCUAUUCACAGUGUGAAAUAACUGUAGUUUCAUUUGAUUUAUCAUCUCUUUCAAGGCUGAGAAAUAUUAUGUUUCUUAUGUGGUUUUGUUUAUCCAGUUGUGCAUGACCGCAAUAAUGAAAGGUUCCUAUGAAAGGAAGCAGUAAAUUUUAUUUCCCCGUCAUUCAAUUUUAAUGCAAACUUUUGUGCUACCAGAAAUUAAUGCAGUUACAUUGAGGUUUUUGUUGUUGUUUUGUUUUAUUUUUAAUGUUAUUUCUAGAAGGAUCUUCUUCAGUACUUUGUCAAUACAAUAUCGGCUCAAUAUUGUACUUUCAAAGUUUAUUACAUCUUGAUUCAGAUCCUGUCCAAGUCAAUUGAAGAUGGAAUAUCAUAAGUGUAUAAUAUGGAAACAAAAACGGGAGAUAGUAGAAAGAUUUAAUAAUAUUUUGUGCUGUUCACAAAGUACUUUAUUUUCUGCCUUAUUUUUUAUAGAUAAAGAACUGAAAUACAAUAAUCAAUUAAAAAGUUAUUAAUUUUUUUAGGCUCAUGCCCUUUACCAGAGUCUUUCCAUAGCAUGAACUGAGUUAUGCUGUUAGAAGAGAAUGUGUCUGCUAUUUUAUAAAUAUAGAUACAACUACUUAAAGAAUAUAGUAUAGAAUUGACUGUCAUCCUUUUCAUUCUGCUCUGUAUUCAGUUAUUGACAAUCAGUUUUAAAUAAUAUUUUGUUAGAUAUUUUAUUAUAUUUUGUACAAAUUAAAAUUAAAGGUCAGACUGGUCAGAAAAGUUUGAAUAGGUAAAGAAAAGUUACUCUCAGUUAGACUUGAUAAAUAUUUGCAACAAUUCUGACUUGUUGAACUUGAAUAAUAGGAUGCGCAAAUUAUGUGUGCUGUGAAAGACAUGUACCUGUACUGUUGUUGGUAUUUUAAAAGAAUUUUGAAAGCUUGUGAUGACAUACAGAUAUUCAGUGAAUUCUGCUAUCUUGAAAUAGAACAAAUGUCUAUUUGACAUUCAUCCGAUUAGUGAGACAUUCACCUGACCAUAGAAAGCUAUGACCAUUUAUUUCUAUUAUCAAGACCUCUGAGUUUAAGUAAUCCUUGGUGUAAAACAGAACUAUUUAAACCAAGGCCUAUCAUUAAUAAAUGUUGUAGGAAGAUUUUGUUAAUUAUUCAUUUUCUUUUAUUCUGGUUAUAAACCUUUUCAGGUAUGGAAAAACAUUCAGAACCUCCACUGUAUCAUAUUAAUAUAUAGCGGUGGUUGUCAUGUAACUGCUGAUUGAUUACCUACCCUAAAUAAUAGUUAGAACCUCAAGUGUCAGGAUGUCAUCCUCCCAGAGACAUAGUUUACCCUUCUCUUUCAAGUAGUGUUAGAUUUUAUUGAAUGAAUUUCAAAUCAAUUUUUUUGUAAGCUUUAAUUGUGAAUAUAUAUGUACAUAUAAGCAUAUAUAUGUCUAUAAAUGUUGUUUUGUGUGAAAAAAAUAAAAUACAAAAAUAGCAUUGAAGGAUCAGUGGAUACAUAAUUAUGAAUAUCUUGAAUAUUGUUUAGAAAAAAGUUAAUG